CGAGUCAUAUAAACUCGAGGGAGACUCUCAGCGCCUGUAUUGGCAUUAUAUCAGGUCUUUAUUGGACUACCUUCACGCUUUGCUCGAUAACUUUUCUUGUCUAGCCCCGAAGCUCUAUAGCUGAAGUUCUGCGCCCCUCAUGAGUCUCUCUUCGUUUCUUCUUGGGUCCGGAAAGUCCAAAGCUUCUACCUCAAUGGCAAUAGAUAAUGAACUUGACACACUGUUUCAGUCUACCAAAAUUGUCUCACUACUUCAUGUACCUCGACAUUCAUCUACCACUACUUCUGAGAAGAAACGAAAAGCACCCACUACAUUGGACGAGGACGCAGAGCUGAAGAACAGUGAGGUGAAGAGGAAGAAGUCAGCGAAGGAGGGCGAUGAAGUCAAGAGCUCAAAGAAAGAGGAAACGCUGAAGGAGGAGAAGCCAAAGGAGAAGGGAGUGAAGUCGAAGAAGGAAAAGGGAGAGAGACGGGCUAAGAAGGUGCGGUUGGAUGAUUCUGAGGACGAGGACAAGGACGAGGACGAUGCAGGACUUGAGGAUGCGUACGCGAAGGGAAGGGUGGCGAAGCUCGCUGGGAAGGAUAAGGAAUCACAGGCCAAAAAAGCGAAAGCGAAGGCGGUGAAGGAUGUUGAGGACGAGGCCAAGGCCGAUGUGAAGACGAAAGGCGAAGAUGCUGAUGGCUCCUCGGGAUCAGAGGUAGAGGAGGACGACGAGGAAGAUCCAUCGCGACUCGUACAUGAAUCCCUGUCGGGCCCCAAAUCGCGGAAAGACAGGCGCGGCAAACGGACAAAGAAAGAGAAGUAUGCUCCACAAGAGGAGACUACAGAGCAGAGGAACGAGAGGACGAUUUUUGUGGGCAAUGUGGCGAUCGAGGUGGCGAAGUCCAAGUCGGCCCUCAAAUCCUUCAAACGCCACAUCCUCUCCCACCUCCCCACCUCCAUCUCCUCUACUGCCAAAAUUGAAUCCACACGCAUUCGCUCCGUCGCGUUCUCCCUCCCCACAUCCAAACUCGAUCCUUCCACCUCCGCAGCCACCUCCGACCCAUCUAAAACCUCGUCCAGCGACGCGGCAUCAAAAUUGAACCACGAAAAGGCCCGCGUGGCCUCUUGGCGCGCUUCACAUCCAACGAAGGACGACGAAGACAACGACAACGAGAAGAAGUCAAAACUGUCGUCUCAGGAGAAGAAGCGUGUGGCGUUCAUCAAGAGGGAUAUACAUGAGGGCGCGGAUUCGGUUCACGUUUACGUCGUCUUUGCGCACUCUCGGUCUCACCCAACACCCUCUGCCGAUAACCCCGAGGAGAAGACAUCCGCUGCCGCUGCCGUCACUGCUCAAACACAGACGAUCUCACCAUACGAAGUCGCAGCGCUCGCGGUCCAGCACUGUAACGCCACGGUCUUUAUGGAGCGUACCAUCCGAGUCGACCGCGUCUCCACAACUUCCACCGCCGCCGUCAACUCCGCCUCCUCCACUAAUACGGUAACAGCGAAGACGAACGCCACGGACGGAGUUGGAGCGGAUCCGAAGAAGACAAUAUUUGUGGGCAACCUUGAUUUCGCGAGUAAGGAGGAGGAUCUUAGAGUUUAUUUUGAGGGAGUUGUAAGUGGAGAAAGGGGCCCAAGGGGCGACGGGAGUGAUGGGGAUGAAGAGGACGAGGCGGACGAAGAGGGCGAAGAGGAGAGCGAAGAGGAUAGAGAGGAAGAUGAGGACAGUGAAGAAGGAGAGGGCAAGAGGGGGAAGAAGGUUGCAAAGGGCAAAAAGGCGAAGACCUGGGUUACGAGUGUGCGGAUCGUGAGGGACAGGGAUACGCAGCUCGGGAAGGGCUUUGCGUAUGUGCAGUUCGCGGACCGCGAAUGCGUUGACGAGAUUCUCGCACUAGGAACGUCCGAAGAAAACAAGCUCAAGUUCGCAAAGAGGAAGCUAAGGGUGCAGAAGUGCAAGACCGUGCCGGGCGUCAAACUCUCAUCUACGAACGCUCGUUCACAAGUUCGAGCCGCAGCCGCAGCCUCCGCUCGCACCACCUCCCACCCCCAAUCCAACUCAUCUAAUCCGCGUACCCCGAACUCGAACGCGAAGUCAUUCGCCCGCGGAUCCAACGCCACCCCCACUGGUACUAGGAGCCCAGCUCAGAAGUCGAGGGUGCCCAUCAUCGUGCCCAAAGGCGACCCCUCCCUGGGCACAAAAUUGGCCCACUUACCCAAGGAAGCGCGUAAAGAGGCGAAAUCCCAAGAUGCGGACAGGGUUGCGAGGAGGUUGGCGAAGAAGAAGGCGAGGGGUCAGAUGGACUCCCAAAUGAGGAAGGGCGGAGAUGGAGAGGUCAAGGUGAGGAGUCGUGAGAGGGUGAAGAGUGGUGCGAAGGGUAAGGUCGGGGGUAAGGGCAAGGGAGGUGGGAAGACGAGGAUGAGGAGCGACAAGAGUAUGAUGAAGAGGAAUGAGAAGAAGUAAGAGGUUCUGGUAUGGGUGUGGCAGUCAGUUCUUC